UUCACAGAGUAACUGUCAGCCGCUGCUACACGGACCCACUCGCGGAGCGAUGGUGCUUGGAGAAUCAAGACGCUGCAGCUGUCUGGGAACGCGGUGAUAAACUCGGAGCGCAGGGAAUCGUACAAAAUAUCGGAGAAUAUGAACAAGGAAGAAGGGGCGCCAUGCCGACCAGCUCCCUUGAAAUUCACAAUUGACAAUAUUCUAAAUCUGAAGCACAACAGCAAGGAAUUUGCAGGCUGCCAUCCCAAACUUACGACCGCAGCGGACAGCAAAAAUGAUUCUCAAGACCAACUCGAAGAUCACGAGAUUAUGCGCAGGCACGACAACGACUACAGACUACACAAAACAGAACAAAUAAACACACGCUGCUACAACGCGACUGCUCGCGCUCUGCAAGUCUGCAGGGAGGAUGCCCUAAAGACCAGUGACGCAUGUCCGAGAACAGACAUCGGGGACAGUGGUGACGACGGGUCGGCGAAGAACAAAACCAGCAAGAAAAACAAAGUGAUGGCGAAAAAGAAAACGCGCACCAUCUUUUCCAAAAGACAGAUUUUCCAGCUGGAAUCUACGUUCGACAUGAAGCGAUACCUUAGCAGCGCGGAGCGGGCUUGUCUGGCGAAUUCCUUGCAACUCACCGAGACUCAGGUCAAAAUAUGGUUCCAGAACCGUAGGAAUAAGUUGAAACGACAGAUAUCCACGGAACUCGAAGGACCUGGCGCCGUGGAUCAUUUUGCUGACGCGGCGAAGACGGUGCAACUUCCGACACUUUAUAAAGAGGGCAACAUAUUGGGCAGAUGCUUGUUACCGAUGCCCCUUCCCAUUGUAUAUCCUGGAAGCAGUACGCCUUACCUCUGUUUCUCUAACGCCAGUAAAUAUUUUAGCCUUUUCGAUGGAGAUGUAUGACUGUUGCGUAUCUGUCUGGAAAGUCACCCCAGAACGCACUCCAAUGGCUAAGAUCGGCAUACAAAACAUCUUUGGUUUUUUCUUUUCUUCUAGGUUCCACUGUUAACCUCCGCUGUAACGUGUCGGGUGCAUUUUUAACUCUGAAAGGCAAGCAAAGAAGGCACCCGUAACAUGGAAAGGCAUUUUUCAUUGCUGCAAAUUCCUGGUACGAGAUGAACAGUAUUGAUCAACCCGAUAUUCCACUAUACUUUUGCUCUUAGUUAGCCUAUACCCGAAGUGUAGCCAUUUCAGUGCAGUCUGACACAAUAGCUUGUAGCCUGUACUAAGUUAAUGGACUACUGUAUUUAUUUAAAAUAGCAUAUCAUAUCAUGUUCACCAUGUUCACAAUGGUUUCUGUUUGUUUACUCAGAAAUUAUUAUUAUUAUUAUUAUUAUUUCAUUUUUAUUAAAUAAUUGAACACCGCCAAAGAUAGUUCGAUCUUUGCAUGCAUUUACAUCAUUCGAUUUAAAAAAAUGAUUCCUUCAAAAUAAUGCAACUUAGUAUUUAAAUGAAUGUACAAAAAGUUAAUUUUGUUUUUUUUAUUUGAAGCAUGUCUUUUAAAUUGUAUUUUAAAUAGAAACAUAGCCUAUAGUUUUCUUCCAUGCGUCCUAUGCCCAGGUAACACUAUUUACACUGUCUUGAAAAUAUUAAACCAUUAAUUUUAAUAUAGAACCUAACGACUAAAAUUUAUUUUACUUAUUCAUUUCCUAAUUCAGUAAAAUGCACGCUUUAAUUAAUAUAU